AUGCAGUGCUAUACUGAGAUAGCACCCCCCACGGCUGUUAGCCAUGCCCUCAGCCUACCCUUUCUGUCCUCUAGGGCGCAUAAUCUGGUCGUCGCGAAGAAUUCGCUGCUCCAGAUCUUCGAAAUCAAGUCGACCACCACCGAGGUGACUCCCGAGGGCGGCGACGAGGUGGACAAUGCUGCUGCAAAUCUGGACACGGAGGCGGCUGAUGUGCAGUUCCAGCGUACAGAAAACACUGCAAAGCUGGUGCUCGUCGCCGAGUUUCCUCUGGCUGGCACAGUCAUAUCACUUGCGCGCAUAAAAGCGCUGAAUACAAAGUCGAGGGGUGAGGCGCUGCUGGUGGCGUUUCGGGACGCGAAGCUGAGCUUAGUCGAGUGGGAUCCGGAGACGUACAACCUCCAUACAAUAUCAAUACACUACUAUGAGAACCCAGACUUGCCCGGCAUUGCUCCUUGGUCAGCUGACCUAAAAGACACGUACAAUUUCUUGACGGCAGACCCCAGUAGCAGAUGCGCCGCCCUCAAGUUUGGCACCCACAACCUCGCCAUCUUGCCCUUCCGCCAGAGUGACCUUGUCGAAGACGACUACGAUUCAGACCUGGACGGCCCACGGGAUACCAAACCUGACCAAGCGGAGGCUCCCAGCGGCGGCGAGACUACACACAAAACUCCGUACUCGUCCUCCUUCGUUCUACCACUCACCAAUCUCGAUCCGACCCUCACACAUCCUGUCCACCUCGCCUUCCUCCACCAAUACCGCGAGCCCACCUUUGGCAUAAUUGCUGCAUCGCGAGCCGCUGCACCCUCUCUCCUCGCCAAUAGAAAAGACAUCCUCACAUACUCAGUCUUCACACUCGAUCUCGAACAAAAGGCCUCUACAACACUACUAUCAGUCACGGGACUGCCAUAUGAUAUCUCGCGGGUGGUACCACUCCCACAUCCCAUUGGAGGGGCUUUGUUGCUCGGGAACAAUGAGAUUAUCCACGUCGACCAAGGAGGGAAAACCAAUGGUGUGGCAGUCAAUGAGUUUGCCAAAGCAUGUACUUCUUUCCCGCUUAGCGACCAGUCAGAUCUAGCCCUGCAUUUAGAGGGUUGCAAUGUUGAGCUUUUAUCUCAAGAUACUGGCGAUGUUGUCCUUGUGCUCAACAAUGGUCGUCUCCUCAUCAUGACUUUCACUUUGGAGGGACGCACCGUGUCUGGGAUGACUAUUCAGACUGUCGCAGCAGACCAUGGUGGCCAUGUACUUAAAGCCGGUUCUUCUUGUACGAGCAAUCUUGUGAGAGGACGCUUGUUUAUCGGAAGUGAGGAUGGAGAAUCAGUACUGUUAGGCUGGAGCAGCGCAACUGCUUCGCUGCGAAGGAGACACUCCAAUGUAGGCUUGGACGGAGAUGGGACUUCAGAGGAGGAGGAAGAGGAUAUCGAUGAUUUGGAUGACGAUCUCUAUAACGACACCGCACCAGCUGUACAGAAAAUCACGGCCGCCGCGUCGGAGCCCACACCUCCAGGAACCUACAGUUUCCGAAUACAUGACACACUGCCAAGUAUAGCACCGAUUCGAGAUGCUGUAUUACAUCCAGGAAAAGUCACUGAUUCUCUUAAUAGAGGCGAGAUUAUGCUGUCAACGGGUCGCGGCGCAGCAGGUGCUAUUACUGGCCUCGAUCGUGAGUUGCAUCCUGUCAGCCUUGCAGCGUCAGAGCUACCGUCUACACAUGGCAUCUGGGCCGUACAUGCUAGGAAGCAGGCUCCCGGAGGUGUUGUCACCGCUUUUGGCGAGGAUACGGAGGCGAACAUGUCUACAGACGUAGACUACGAUCAGUAUUUGGUAGUGUCCAAGACUAGCGAAGAUGGCAGCGAGAGCACUGUGGUGUAUGAAGUCCAUGGUAAUGAGCUUUCGGAGACAGACAAGGGUGAUUUUGAGCGGGAAGAAGGCUCUACCCUUUUUGUAGGCGUCUUAGCUGCUGGAACUAAGGUCGUGCAGGUGAUGCGGACCGAAGUCAGGACAUACGAUUCAGAGCUGAACAUGGAUCAAAUCCUGCCUAUGGAAGAUGAGGAAACUGGUAACGAGCUUCGUGUAAUCAACGCCAGCUUUGCGGACCCAUAUCUUUUGGUCUUACGUGAAGACUCCAGUGUCAAAAUACUGAAAGCAAGUGGUGAUGGCGAGCUUGAAGAUCUCGAAGCUAGAGGGCUCUCGUCAACGAAAUGGCUGUCGGCUAGCUUGUUUAAAUCGGCGACCUUUACGGAAAUCUUUGCGUUCUUGCUGACCCCAGAAGGAGGACUGCACAUCUUUGCCAUGUCAGAGCCGGAAAAGCCGUGUUAUGUCGCUGAGGCUUUGGGCUUUCUUCCCCCUCUAUUGACAGUAGAUUUUGUGCCUAGGCGCAGUGCUGCCAAAGCAACAAUCACUGAAAUUCUCGCUGCUGAUCUCGGUGACGUUACUACAAGAUCGCCACACCUCAUUAUACGAACUUCCAGCGAUGACCUCGUCAUCUACAAAGCGUUUCAUUUCCCUUCACGAUCGGCAGCUGAUCUGUGGACGAAGAAUUUGCGUUGGAUCAAAUUGGCUCAGCAACACGUCCCUCGAUACGUCGAAGAUGCCGGGUCGGAAGAUGCAGGGGUUGAGAGCACUCUGUUAGCGUUGGAUGAUGUCUGCGGCUACAGUACCGUGUUCCAGCGCGGUGCAUCUCCAAGCUUUAUUUUCAAGGAGGCUUCUAGUUCGCCGCGCGUUAUUGGGUUGAGUGGGAAACCUGUCAAAGGCUUGACCACCUUCCAUACCUCAUCCUGCGAACGAGGCUUCGCAUACGUAGACUCCACUGACACGCUUCGGAUCUCUCAGCUCCCCUCACGAACACAUUUUGGACAUUUAGGCUGGGCUACACGGCGGCUUCCCAUGGAUGCUGAAGUCUAUGCUCUGGCUUAUCAUCCUGCAGGACUCUAUGUCGUUGGUACAGGUCAGCCAGAAGACUUUGUGCUUGACCCGUCGGAAACAUACCACUAUGAGCUUCCCAAGGAAGACAUUAGCUUCAAGCCUAGUGUGGAGCGUGGUGUCAUCAAGCUUAUCGACGAGGGGACUUGGUCCAUCAUAGACACACACGUUUUCGAUCCUCAGGAGGUGGUUCUCUGUAUCAAGGCGUUGAAUCUCGAAGUGUCAGAAACGACCCACCAACGCAAGGACCUGAUCGCAGUGGGCACAUCCAUCGUGCAUGGCGAAGACCUCGCAACAAAGGGCUGUAUACGCAUCUUCGAAGUCAUCACCGUCGUACCUGAGCCUGAUCGUCCAGAGACUAACAAGCGUCUCAAGCUUAUCGUCAAGGACGAAGUCAAAGGUGCGGUCUCGGCCAUUUCGGAACUCGGAACGCAAGGCUUCUUGAUUAUGGCUCAAGGACAGAAAUGCAUGGUGCGAGGUCUCAAGGAGGAUGGAACUCUGCUACCCGUCGCUUUUAUGGACAUGCAGUGUUACGUGACAACCUUGAAGACGCUACCGAACACAGGUAUGUUGUUGAUGGGCGAUGCGUACCGUGGAGUCUGGUUUACCGGAUAUACUGAAGAGCCAUACAAAAUGUCCCUCUUCGGCCGCAGCAAGCACAACCUCGAAGCCAUGGCGGUCGAAUUCCUUCCCUUCAACGGUGAACUCCACAUCAUCGUCGCAGACGCAGACAUGAACAUCCAAGUUCUCCAAUUCGACCCCGAAAACCCCAAAUCCGAAGGCUCCCGCCUCCUCCACAAAGCCACCUUCCACACCGGCCACUUCCCCACAACAACCCACCUCUUACAAUCCCAUCUCCAAAUGCCAGAAUCAGCAUCCACAUUUGGCACAACCGACACCUUCGCGCCCGACUCGACUCCCUCCGCUCCGCUACCCCUGCACCAAGUCCUCAUAACAUCCCAAUCAGGUACCCUAGCCCUCAUCACCCCGCUUUCUGAAUCCUCCUACCGCCGUCUUUCCAAUCUAGCUGCUUACCUCAUCAACACCCUCGAAUCGCCUUGCGGUCUCAAUCCCGUUGCGUUUCGCGCGGGCGAGGGAGUAGAGGGCGGGUGGGAUGCUGGGGGUGGGGCGAGAGGCGUGUUGGAUGGUGGGCUGUUGAUGAGGUGGGGGGAGUUGGGGGAGCAGAGGAGGAAAGAGGGGUUAGCGAAGUAUGGAGGGGAUGAAUGGGGCUUUGGGAGCGAGAGGGAGGUGCUGGCUGGGUGGGGGGUGUUUGGGGGGAGACACUCUUAG